CUGGAUUUGAAAGUCGCCGCGGAUCUUCUGGAGGUACGACAGAAACGGCGCAUCUACGACAUCACGAACGUCCUCGAAGGUAUCGGCCUCAUAGAGAAGAAGAGCAAGAACAGCAUCCAAUGGAAGGGUGCGGGACCUGGCUGCAACACUCAGGAGGUUGGCGAGAAGCUGACGGACCUGAAGGAGGAGAUCAGCAAGCUGGAGGAUCACGAACAGCUGUUGGACACCCAUACCCAGUGGAUACAGCAGAGCAUAAAGAAUAUACAGAAUGACAUUGGAAAUAGGAAAUAUGCGUAUAUUACGUACGAGGAUGUUAAGGAGACCUUUGCGGAUCAGUUCGUGCUAGGGAUACAGGGUCCACCGGAUAUGGAGAUCACAGUACCAAAUGUCUUGAAGACUGUCAUUCAGGACGAUGGAGUGAUAAAUUAUAACAUGAUCCUAAAAAGUAAUACAGGAGAGAUAAAAGUGUACAUGGUCCAACCUGAGUUAGCUAAAACUUACGAUAAUAAAGUGUUGGAAUUGGAAAUGAGAUUAAAAGAAGAAUCCAAGGGUACAAAGCGUGGAAAGGAGGAGGAUGAAAAGAAAGAGGAAGAGGUUAUUGUUAAACCAAAGAGAAAAGUUGGAAGGCCACCAAAAAACACUACUAAACCAGAUCCGAUAACUGACGAAGAGGAAGAAGAAGAUUCGGAAUUGAUAGAAGCUAAGAUAGUUUUACGGGAUGUCAGCACCUCAGAUAUUGUCCAAAGAGAGUUGGAGUUUUUUGAUCAAUUCUAUUCUGACUUUUGUGGACCAUUAAUGAGAUUAAGUCCACCCCCUGGAGAGAAAGAUUACCAUUUCAAUCUUAGUGAGAAUGAGGGUGUUUAUGAUUUAUUUGACAUUAAGAGUGUUCGACAUUAAUGAGUGUUGAAUCGAUGUAGCUGCGAUUUGCAAAAUGAAGGCUGUGCCAACAGCAUGCAAAUUUGAAAUGGGGGGAAAAUCUGGUAAAAUCAUUAAGGAGAAUUUGUGCAUAUAAUUUUAGGGGAACCAAUGGAUCACAAUCAUUGAGAGUAUACAGUAUUUUUUUAUUAUUGAAAAUACGGGAAAACUAGUGCGAGGCAUUGUGAAGAUACCUACAACCGUUCUAAUUGCUGUUUAUUUUGUACAUUGCUGAGAGUAAUUCAAAGUUUUAAAAGCAUCUUUUAUAUAUAUAUAUAGAUCUACUACGAGAGAUUAUCCUUGUAGCUUUUAAGUUAGCUCACAAGCUUGCUUCGUGAACAUGAAUCACUGGACGAAUAUAUAUAAAUUGUUCAUUGCAACAAUUUUCCGUUUAAUAUGAAAAAAAAAAUUGAUGAAUGUAUAUGUAUACAAUCAAAAAAUGUAACACGAUGUUAUUAAGCAAG